UUUGCAGCCAUACCCACUUGCGCUCUCGAUAGGGUUACGGUCGUAUUAAGGUGCUACAUUCAGUGAGAUGUGGUAGUGUCAGCGACAUUCUUCUUGUGCAUGUUAUUUGUUUUUUUUGUGACUGUGAGUCGCUCAAUUCAAAGACUUUUUUUGGAUUAAACGUAUUUAGAAGAAAUGAAAGUGAAGCGUCUGUAUUUAGCAAUAACCGCUCAUCUUGUUUGCUUAGUAGCAACACAAAAUGAUAGAUCAUACGAUACUAACGAUUGGAUUCCAGUGACCCAAAAACCCGGUGAAGAAAUUAUUCAAAAGAAGGCGCAAGGUCGAGUACUAAAUCUUGACACGCCAUCUCAAAAAUUUUUUCCUGAUGAAUUGAAUUAUAAAAAAGGUAGACCAAACUUCCAGUCAAGGCCUAAACAAAAGGAUAGGUAUAACGUGCCCAAAUAUGAGAGCACCUACAAAUUCGAGCUGCCUCCGUCACUCCCACAAAAUGGUAGUCCAAAAUUUCCGUAUCAUCCGAAGCAAGGUGAACAAAUAUAUCGUCCUCCACCACCCCAAUCACAAUAUUUCCAGAAUUCACAAACGAUUGUUAGAGACCGUUUACCAUCCUCAAACGUACUCAAUAAUAUUCCACAACUCACCAUUCCUGUCAAUAAUGAUAGCAAUUAUUAUCAAGCAUUUAAUCCUGUAUCAAUUAAUCAAGAACUAUCAGGAAACGUUCAAUUUCAAGACAUGAAUAUACCUAAUAUUCAAUACCAAAGUCCCAGUGGAGCUGGUUUUCAAUACCAACGUCCUGAAACAGUAAACCAGCAUAAUAAGAUUUAUCAAAAUUCUAACGGUGGUGCAGAGGGUACAUAUGCAAACUUUAACAGGGCUCUGCAACAGAGUAAACAAGUUCUAGGUGAAAAUACGAAGACGGAUUUUGGUAUAGAAAAAGAAGCUGUGCAAUUAGUUUAUGUCCCAUUGGAAAAUCUGAAAGAAAAUAGUCGACUAGUUCCACAAGACAGCCAAACUAUUUAUAAACAGAUUGAAUCACCUAAAUACGAUAAUCAACCUGACAAGCAACACCGUCUAGCGGCAAUCGAACAAGAUUUUAUACAACAGGCUUUACAAGCCACAAAGCUUCAGGAACAAAUUCAUCACGGAGAUUCCUUUUUAUUCCAAACAACCACAACUCCAAAGCCGAUACAAAAAAGAAAACCACAUCAACCUCCUCUAGCUGUAUACGUCGAAGGUGAAAAACAACAAGUUGCUAUUUCAGACGUUCUAGAAGCUUUGAAAGAUGCUAAAUCCAUAGCAGUUCAGGAUAGUAUUCAGCAUGAUUCACCUCAAAUAUUCAUUGGACCGUCAACAUUGGAAUCAUCAGAAUAUUCUAAGUUUCCAUUGCCAUAUCUCAACGCUAUUGAUGGUAGCAGAUUAAACAGAAAUAUAGAAAGCUUGCCGUUUUUUGUAGCUCCACUUAGUUUUAAAGCACCUCCUGGUUUUUCUAAAAUACCUUUACCAGCUCCUCACGUGGGAUCAGUAGUUAUUUCAAAUAAAGACGAAUUACAGGGCAAACGCUCUACUAUAAAACCUAAUCAGUAUAGUAAUUCUAACGUUGAGCAAAUCGUUAAAGAUGUCUCUUCAACUACCACAUCUAAACCUAAAAACAGCUAUGAUUCAUUAAAUAUACAACCUUAUAUUGGACAAUCAUAUUAUCAACCAGUACAAUUUGUUUCAUCACCUCAACAACAGUUUUCAUCGCCUCAAGAACAAUUUACAUCACCACAGGCGCAAUUUCCAUUACCUCAAGAGAAGUUUCCAUCACCUCAACAGCAAUUUCCAUCACCUCAACAGCAGUUUCCAUCACCACAACAGCAGUUUCCAUCACCACAACCACAGUUGCUGCAUUUUGCUGUAAACGAAAAUCAACAAGAAUUCUCGAUACCAAACUCCAGUUAUAACAAAAAAUCACAAAAAACCGAAUAUACCCAACCAAUGAAAAGCUUUUCGAACAAUCUAGAUAAUCUAAAUAGAAAACAUCCAACAAAACGACCGUUUCAGUAUGCAUAUAUAGACGAAAUAGCAACAGUAACGACUCCUUCUAGCAAUGGUGAUAUCUACAGUCAGUUAAGACCAUCUGAAAAUGUUGAGUAUGACGUUCCUGAUAGAAAUCCCUCAUAUUUAUCAUCACAACCUGUAUUUGACCAGGAACGAAUAAGUACACCUGCCUAUACACAACAAUAUACUGAUAAUAAGAAUAGUGCCAAAAACACAAAUCGGUACGAGCCCAUUGCAACUUCAUUCGAAGAUGCAACGCAAGAUCAACAAGAAGAAAUUGUAAAUAUCAAACCUAAAACAGAAACGGUAACCCAACUUCCAUCAAGACAAAAAACAGUAACACAUUCAAGUGAAAAUAAACAAAAAGGUAGACUUCCUGAUGUGAAUCCCUUAGAAUUAGCGAUAAAUGAGUUCGAGCUACAUGAAAUUAAUACUCAAUUAGAAGAAAAACCUAGGAUCAAGAAUCAGAAUAAUUAUAAAACUGGUCAACAUGAUGAAGACACUGAUUAUAGAUAUGAAAACAACUACAGAUCUCGACCAACUCAAAACGAUGAACAAGAAUAUAAAUAUUUAAGAAAUCAAAGCAAACAAAGGAUACGUCCAAGUCAAGAAGAUGAAAAUACAGAAUAUAAAUUCGAUCCAGAGUUACACCGGUUUUCUAGCACACCAUUAUCGAUCCUAAGAGAUAGCUACGUUGAAACUACUACCAAACCUAGCAGUAAAUCUCGAGGGAGAGUAAGAACUCGUCCAACUACUACAACAACUUCGACGACAACUACACCUCAACCCGAAGAACAUUAUACAGUGCUCGAAGAAUUUCAUGUAAGAGAUAAAUCUACUCCUCAAUAUAAAAAACCAACUAAUACGUAUUACGAUGUUCAAACUGAUGUCGAGAUAGAGCCAAUUUCGAAUGAAAAACCGAGUGUUACUCAAUAUUCCGAUUCUAUUACAGAAAUUGAAAAUAUUCCAACAAACGUUUAUAGUUUAAAUUCUAAUCAAAAUUCAUAUACAGACAAAAUACCAGUUGAGCAGCAUUCGCAUAUAUUGAAUCAAAAUUUGAUGGACAGCCAAAUUUUAAACAAUCAACGAACCACUCCAAAAUACGAGCAACAAGGACAAUUUGAAGUCGAUCCUUAUACCAAUCAAUACAUUCCUACAUCUCAAGGAAAAUAUAAGGAAGAACAACAGGAACAGUAUGAGGAAAAACCAAUACAUCACUUGACUCCUUUUGAUGAUCCAUCCGUUCGAUCACUACUCAUUCCAAAUCUCUUGGUACCCACGACGACAGCCAAUUCUAUUUAUACUGGUCCAUCAUAUUUACCAACUACCGAGAAAAUUAUUUCAACGACUACAACUACAACUACCGAAAAACCUAUAGAAUCUACUACCGCUCAUCACAGCCGUACACGCAGUCGUACAAGAGGAGGAAGUAGAUAUAGUGACAGCAGUACUACCAGAAGACCAGUAUCCAGAAGGAGACCAACUAGUGCAAGAGUAACAACCGAACGUACAAGAUAUCCAAUUGAUGUUGACUAUAGUACUAAAAGUUAUAGUACCAAACAGAGAUUUAGAACCAGGGGACACACCACACCAAAUUCUAUAACGGAGAGAAUAUCGACAACUGAAAACGAGGUACAUCAAGUUCCUAUCUCAGCUACACCAAUAACUCUACGUACUCAUCCUGAUGUAUCAGUAACUUAUCAGCAAUAUGAACAAAUAGAUCAAAAAUCUGAAAAGCCGGUACUAAGUGAUGAGUACCCUAAAAUACGAAUAACCACUGCUCAACCAAUUUUACAAUACGAAAACACAGCUUCUUCCCCAAAACCUGUAAUAAACGUUCAAGUAACACAUCCUGCUGAAACUUAUCGGUAUGAACAAGAGCAAGUUCCUAAAGUGAAAGUUAGGGGUAGAAUUCGAGACAGGCCAAGAAUUACAUCUACUACUACAGAGAAAGUAACAAGAAAAGUGACUACUCCAAAGCCUAUCGAAAAAGAAGAAUCCAGUGAAGACUUCUUUGGAUUUUUCAGACAGCCGAACUUUGGACCACCUCCGACCUUAAAAAAAGAAAUUGUAACAACACCUGCAUCGCCCAGGAUAUUUACUUAUCAGACCCCAAGUCAACAUAAAGAAGAUUAUGAGGUACCCGUUACCAUUGAUAGUUCUACGGUAAAAUUUGUUGGAGAAUUAAUACCUAAAUAUACAAGUAGAGAAGUUGAAACGGAAACUCCAAGACCCAGAAUUAGAGCAAGAACAAGAGCAAACGUACGUAAACCUGUUUCUCAUCAGGAUCGUUCGGAACAAGCAACAAGAAGGAACAUAAACUCUAGAUCAAGGGGUAAAACUCAUUAUAGGAUACCCGAGAAUCUCAAGAAAAAUGUAGAUGAAGAAGCUGAAGUAGAAGGAGGAAAUUAUCCUCAAUUCUUUCAAGAAAAACGAGGUACAACGACUCCAAGACCAGAAUUCCAAAUAACAGUAGCUCCAGAAGAAUAUGAAGAAGAUCAAGCACCGCAUUCAUCUAUUAAAAGACUCAACGUCGUAGCUUCUCCUGAAAAUUGGCAUGAUGCUUUUCUUUCAGAUAACAUUAGCGAUGAUAAAACUCAUGGUAACAUAAUAAAAAAGCCGGAAGAUCUGCCAAGUAUGGAACCGCUACCAGAACAACCAACAUUUCCUGAUCAACCGUAUGCUUUACCAAUCAAAGCAUCUUCAGAAGAAAUUACCACGGAAAAUAUUGACGAAAAUUUCAAAAAUACCUCAAAACAAAUUGAAGAGAAAUUUGACGCCAUCAAUAGCUUUGAUAACCAAUCAGUGAAAGAUACAAAUAAGAAAAAAAGAAGGAAAGGAGUAUGGAAAUUAGUUAAACAACGACCAGUAGACAAACUAGAAACAUCGGAAUCUCAAAAUUAUUUUUCAGUAUUGAAUUCUUUUAAUAACAUUGAAAAAGUGAAUUAUGAACAAAAACACAAUAAUUAUCAAAAACCAAACUAUAUACAUUUAGAACGUCAAUCAAUAUCUAACCCAGAGAUCAAAACUGACGAUAACGAUACUAUUUCAGCUGAUAUUGAGGUGGAAAAUGAAACAACAACAAACGAUCUUUUCACUGAUUAUACAGUAACCAAUCAAAAUGAUAAUAGAGAAGCGUAUAGUACUAUGCCAACUUAUACGGAUAAAGAAAGCACAACUGAAUAUAUAACCCAAGAAACGACAACUAAAAAUAUUGACAAUGACUUUGUAACUAAUUACGACAAAAUUGGGACAAUUACCACUACACCUACUACAGAAGAUUUUACAAAAGGUGAGGAGGAUUUCAUAGAUUCUAUUUAUGAAAUGUUCGGAAUGGCCAGAGAUAUUUCAACGACAGUCCCACCAACUACAUCUACUGAAAUAGAAAUAAACAGUGAAUCAGUCGUCACCACUACCUCAAAUCCAACAUUCCCAGAAGAAUUAACGGAAGCAAGUUCUCCUACUAUUAAUGUUACAGAAUCAUCGACAGAAUUUACUACUCUUCAAGAAUUUCCUACAACUCUUCCGGUUGUCGAAGAAAAACGAGAAAAGAAGACGUUUCCAUUUCAAGUUGAGCCCUGGGAUAUGAAACUGGUAAGAACAUCAACUUCUACGGAGGUAUCGCACGAAACAGAAAUAUGUUACAGGGGGAGGUGUGUGCGAUCACCCGAUAGGAAAAAAAGGUUUUAAUAAAUAAGUUUUAGUUAAGUAUGGAUAUAGUAAACCUACAGAUCAUGAAAGUGCAAAUUAAAAUGCGUCUUUUUAUUUAUUUGAGAUUUAACGUUGAAAACACUCCAAGAAGGUGAUUGUGAGUAUAUGAACAAAGCCGUUGAUGUGUACAAACGGUUUCACCUAGAACGAAUAUGAAAAUUUUUCGACCUAACCAUUUAUAUUUGUAAUAGAAAAGUAUCACCUCUAUUCAUACAUUAUAAAUAUUCUAUUUCAUAUUUUACACGUUGUUCAUAAAAAGUAGAUGUUAAGAAGAUUCUGUUCGAUCUAUUUUUCUAAAAAAAUGUUUGUUAUUGAAUGAAACAGUUCCUUCCCCUUCAAAUAAUUCAUCCUUUGAAUGAUUUUAGUGAUAUUCCAGUUCAGUGGUGGCUCGUGAGUGAAUGAAUUAGGUACUCUGUACCAAAAUCUGAAAGUAGCAGCAUUAUAGAGAAAUUAUAUAGAGUAAGGAGGUACAUGAUUUCGAGAAAGGUAGAUUGAAUAUAAAUCUUGAAAUUUUUAAUACAGAAUUUAACAUUCUACUCUUAGUACUUCAUCUAAAUUGUACUCCUAUAUCUAAUUGAAUGAGGCGUAGCAAUGUUUUGAAAAUUUUUGAACAUCUAGUGAACAUUGAUUAACACUCUUUACUAUCUAAUAAAACGAAGAGUCAUAAAAUCAUUGUUUCAUUUAAAAACUAACAUCGAAAGUCAAUGGAAUAAAAGUUAAAUACAGUAUACUUAAAGAGCAAUUCCUAUAGAAACAACACCAUUAUUCCAAGCUUCAAUAUAGCAAUAAAAAUAAUUAAAUAAGAAAGCAGCUUUAGAUGAUAAAACACCAAACUUAAUUUCUUCUACUGUUACAUGACUGGCAAGUUUCUCAACGUUCAAUUGAAAAUAACCAAAUUUAUCAAUUAUUUAUGAUACAUUUUUAUUUGUACUUGAUAUAUUUUUAGAAUUAUGUACUUACUGUUGACUGUUUUGAACUGGGAAAUCCUUUUUUGAAGAAAAUGCGAUUUUAGAUUUUUAAACAUUCCAAUGUCGGUUUUCAUCAAAUAUUUUACCAACUUCGUUAAAUAAUUAUUCUAACGCAAUAGUAAUUUUUUAAUUUCCAAAAUUAAAACGAAAUUAAUUUAUUGCGAACCCCAUACCCCACUUUAAAAAGAUUUAUAUUCGUUUUUAAGUUUCUUCUAAUAUCUUUUUUGACUUUUUAUGUGUAUUGCUUACUUUUUCAUAUAUAUUAUUCAUCAAUAUAAAUCCGCAGCUCCGCAAAAAUCGUUUGCCCCCAAUCGCAUUCAUAGUUAUAACAAUUUUACUAAAUCUCUAUAAAAAUAUUGAUUUUAGAGAAAAAAAUCUGCAAACAAAUAAUAAAGCUUAUGAAAAGUUCUACAAAAAAGGUUAUAUAUACAGGGUGUUUCAAAAAAAGGUGAUCCCCUCUAAAUGAUUGAUAGAAAACUGAAAAAUAUUUGGGGUUUGCUCGGUAAAAAAUUUUCGUAACGCAAUCCGUAUUCAAUAUAAAAGGCGUCAAAAUAUUUGGAAAAAGACUGAAAUAAGUAGAAACGUCUAUUUUUAUCUUUCAUUUAAAAAUUAAAAAAAAGUAAUUUUAAAACAGAAGAGACCUAAAAUCAAGAACAUCUAGAAGAUAUAAGAAAUUAAAGAAUAAAUUCUCUUAAAAAAUGUAGAUUACCUUAUAUUCAUUGCGUGCUUUAAACGUUUUUCUCUUUUUAAGAUACGCGGUUAAUCAAAUUAUCGCUAUAAAAGCCUUUAUUAUUGGCUAUUGGUAAGAAUAACAAAAUCUACAUCUGCUAAGAUAUAAGGCGUGCGCAUGAGUUCUUAUUUACAUAUAUAAAAGCUCAUUGCGCAUAAUGAUACACCGGCGUACAAUUAUAAAUAUAAUACACCUCUAGAAUAAAAAUUUUCGGAGAUAUUUAGUAAAUUUGUUACAACUUUGAGGGGGCUUUGGGAAAAAAUGAACCAUUGUCGGUAAAAAUCCUUUUAGAAAUUAGGAUAAUCAAGAAAAAGCUUUAGCAAAAAUUGGGAAGUUCAACUUUUCGGAACAACAUUCAUUCCGUCAUUGAAUGAUUUGUAUUUGAACUUUGGACAAUUUGAACAAAGGUAGACACUUAUUUUUGUU